UUCCUCGUUCCGUUGCCUUACCCUCUUCCCUCCGCACCCAAAACCCCCAGAGAGAGAGAAAUAGAUGUGAGAUUGCUCCUAAUCAGAAGCAAUCUCACCUUUGGGAUAACCUAUUUUCAACUUUUUUCUUCCCGGUGACUCAAAAAACAAAGCUUCUUUUGCUUUUCAUUUCACAAAGGGUUCUCGUUCUAAAUCCUUCUACUUGAAAACUCCGGCGGCUAACGUUUUCGCCGAUCUUGUCACUUCACUUUCGAAGUUUCAUCUUCUAACCAAGGAAACAAAAGAAGCUCCUGUUCACCUUUUGAGUAACGUGAUCCGUUCUAACAAAGAGAUGAAGAGACUUAGAGACGGUGUUCAACCUGAACCUCAACCUCAAAAGCGAAGGACUGAGGUUUCAUCUCGAGGAGAAACACCUAAAACCCUUGAUGCCCUGACGUAUCUCAAAUCUGUUAAGGAAAUUUUUCAUGACAAUAAAGAGAAAUAUGAGUCAUUCCUUGAGCUCAUGAAGGACUUUAAAGCUCAGAGAAUCGACACUGAAGGUGUCAUAGAAAGGAUUAAAGAAUUGUUCAAGGGUUACAAGAACCUACUUUUAGGUUUUAAUACUUUCUUGCCCAAAGGGUAUAAAAUAACCCUUCAACCGGAGGAAGAGAAACCUAAGGUCCGGGUGGAUUUCAAAGACGCUAUCGGUUUUGUCACCAAGAUUAAUACGAGGUUCGGAGAUGAUGAACGUGCGUACAAAAGUUUUCUAGACAUCCUGAAUAUGUAUAGAAAGGAAAGAAAGUCCAUCUCUGAGGUCUACAAAGAGGUUACCAUGUUAUUCAAGGGUCAUGAAGAUCUGCUCAUGGAGUUCGUUAAUUUCUUACCUAAUUGUCCAGAACCAGCUGCUUCAGCAAAGAAGGCAGUACAGCGUCACAAGGGCACUGCAACUUCUCCCAUGCAUUCUGAUAAGAAACUAAAACUGCGAUGUAAGCUUGAGGAUAAUUCUGAACACUCUGACCAACGAGAAGAUGGUGAUGAGAACCUUGUCGCUUGUUCCCCUGCACAAACCCACCACCCCGUAUGUGGGAACACCUAUAAAUGAACUUGAUCUCUCUGAAUGCACUCAGUGUACGCCAAGUUAUCGGCUCCUGCCAAAGGAUUAUGCAGUUGAGAUUCCAAGCUACAGAAAUACACUUGGUAAAAAGACACUCAAUGACCACCUGGUAUCUGUCACCUCCGGGAGUGAAGAUUACUCAUUCAGUCAUAUGCGCAAAAACCAGUAUGAAGAAAGCUUAUUUCGGUGUGAGGAUGAUAGGUAUGAAAUGGACAUGUUACUAGGAUCUGUAAGUUCAGCAAUCACACACGUGGAAAGCCUUCUGGAAAAGAUGAACAACAACACUAUCUCAGUAGACACUAAUAUAUGUAUCGAGAAACACUUAUCAGCUAUGAACUUAAGAUGCAUUGAGCGGUUAUACGGUGAUAAUGGGCUUGAUGUCAUGGAUCUUUUGAAGAAGAACAUGCAUAGUGCUUUACCGGUGAUACUGACGCGCUUGAAGCAGAAGCAAGAAGAAUGGGCAAGGUGCCACUCUGAUUUCCAGAAAGUUUGGGCUGAAGUAUAUGCUAAGAAUCACCACAAGUCACUAGAUCAUCGUAGUUUCUAUUUCAAGCAGCAGGACUCUAAGAACUUGAGCACAAAAUGUUUAGUGGCAGAGAUAAAAGAUAUCAGUGAGAAAAAGCAUCAAGAAGAUCUGCUUCAAGCUAUUGCUGUUAGAACUAUGCCCUCUUUUACUCCGGAUUUGGAGUUUGAUUAUUGUGAUACACAAAUUCACGAGGAUUUAUAUCUGCUAAUCAAGUAUUACUGUGAAGAAAUAUGUGCCACUGAACAAUCAGAUAAGGUAAUGAAGCUGUGGAUAACCUUUUUGGAGCCCAUGUUUGGCACUCUUUCGAGGUCUCAAGGUGACCUUGCUAUGGAAGAUGUAUCAAAGUUGAAAACCAACCAAGAAUUGCAUGAUGCAUGCGUGGCAGUGAAGGACAGCUCUUCUGGGUCAAAGGGUAAACAUCCAAUAUCCCCAAAACUGCUGAAAGAUAAUCCAACAAUGCAAGGAAGCUCGCCUGGGAAAGAUGUCUCAGCCAAUAUAAUGAAAGCUGCUCAGCAUGAUAAACUGCAAGAUGAUACAGAUAUGUCUUAUGAGGUUAGUCAGUCUACCAAACUUGUGUCAGCCAGAAACGAUCAGAUAAUGGAGGAUGUAUCAGUGGGAAAUCAUGAGGCUGAGCGAGAAGAGGGUGAAUUAUCUCCCACUAACAGUUGUGAGCAAGGCAACUUUGAUGUUAGCGGACAAAAUGGCCUCAAGCCUUUACAAAGGGUGAUGGACAAUGUAACAAGCAAUACAGACCAGCAAAGUUGUGAUAAAAAGGGAGCAUAUUGCACUGAAACGGGAACAAAGGGAAAUACUCACCCUGAAGAUGACGAAAAUUGUCACAAGUUAUCAGAGGAUAAUGAGACCGCCUCUGAAAAGGUUGUUUCAGGAACCAAGUCUGGUUGUCAUGAAAAGCAUAAGGAGCGUAUUAGUGUGGCUGGAGAGGUGGCUAAUGGAAAAGAAGGUGAAGAUGGAUCCUUUGCAUUUACAGAGCGGUUUCUGCAAACUGUAAAACCUGUUGCCAAGCAUGUGUCUUUGCCACUGCAAGCUAGUGAAACUUGCUCUCAGAAUGAUUCUCGAGUUUUUUACGGGAAUGAUUCUUAUUAUGUGCUAUUUAGGCUUCAUCAAAUGUUGUAUGAGAGAAUACAAUCAGCAAAGAAACAUGCAGAAAAGAAGUGGAAGGCUCCGGAUAACACAACUCCUGAUUCGUAUCCCAGGUUCAUAGAUGCACUGUAUAAUUUACUUGACGGCUCUAGUGACAAUACAAAGUUUGAAGAUGAAUGCCGAGCUAUUUUUGGAGCACAGUCAUAUGUUCUUUUCACAUUGGACAAGUUAGUUCAGAAGUUUGUUAAGCAUCUGCAUGCUGUUGCAGCUGAUGAGACAGACACCAAGCUUCGACAACUACAUGCGUAUGAGAACUACAGAAAACUGGGGAGAUUCGUUGAUCUAGUGUAUCAUGAGAAUGCACGUGCCCUCCUCCAUGAGGCAAACAUAUACCGGAUCAGAUAUUCAUCAGCAAAAACACGUCUCUCUAUUCAGCUUAUGAACUGCGGGAAUAACCAGCCUGAAGUAGCUGGUGUAGCCAUGGAGCCGGAUUUUGCAAAUUAUCUACAAAAAAAGUUUCUGACAUCCGUCAAUGAUGAUGAGAAUCAUGGACUGUUUUUGAAAAGGAACAAGGAGAAAUUCACUCGUGUAAAUGAAUCUUCGGGGGAUACAAUUGCAAUGGAAGGAUUGAGUAUUAUUAACGAGAUUGAAUGUAAAAUGGCUUGCAGUUCUUCAAAGGUGAAGUAUGUAGCAAACACAUCAGAUCUUUUGUAUAGAAGCAAACAGGGGAAACCGAAUUCAAAGGGACCGAGGCUUAAAAGAGUUAGUGAAAUUUCGAAAGAGAGAAGAAUAUCGCGGUUUCACAUUAUGCUGAAUUGCAAACUUUGUGGUUUGCAUCCUAUAUAAACUGGUGUGUUAGUGUUGAGGUUCCUGAUGGUAGCGGCUCUUAUGGCUCUUAGAGGUUAUGCAAAGCUUUUGGUGGUGGAGAAGUUUACUUGUUUUUGACGUGACAUGAACUAGGAUCUUAUAGCUCAUGAUUCACUAGGCCACAUUUGUUUUGUUUUGCGUUUUGCGUUUGGAGCCUUAAUUUUGGUGUAUAGUUUUAUCAGAUAUAUGAUACGAAAGUUGCCAAAAUCCAAGACUCUAAUUUUGUUCAUU